AUGAGCCUCGCACCUGCGGUUCCAGAAGCAAAGCUUGAAGUCCUGCCGUUGACUCCACGGCUUGAUGUGGUUGAUAAACUGGAGAGAUUCCUUGAGUUAAAAGCUCAAAGCCAUCAGACAGAGCAGGCUAAAUCGCUGUUAUGGCGAUGCGCUGCCGAAGGCCGAGGAGUCCAUCCUUUGGGCGUGCUUUCUGUCACAGAGGUGAGGCAGGCAAUUUCUGGAUUUGAGGCACAGCAACUUCAGCCUCCAAAGAAGAAUCAUGAUGAGGCUACAAGGGAGAAUCCAAGCCGCCAUGCUGCCAGAGCAAAGGCUCGGCCGCAAGUAGUCACUCGGCGACAGCGGUACCUGCGAUCGCAGACGCCAACAAGGCGUAGCAACUCCGAGCAACUCCUCAGAGUUGCAGCUCAGCGACGCUGGGAAGUGUCCCAAGUUUCAGGUGUGAGCGGCAUUUUCACAAAUGACGAGGUUGAGAAAGCCAUCAUUCUCGGCUCUGGAUCCAAGAGAUCGCCAGCCAAGUCAGACCAAGCCCCAGAGGCGAAGGCUGGUGCCAAGAGUUCGAGCGGUGCCAGCGGUGCCUGGCAUUUGUUGGUCGAAGCCCUCCGUGCAGAGGCAACAGAGGCAGCAGAAGCAGCACAGGCAUCGCAGGCAUUGCCACAGGCAACGUGGGCGCCCGGAGACGGCGAUGAAGUUGACACCGAAAAGUCUAACAGCGCGUCGCACCAAGAGCUCUAG